AUGCCAAUCAUAUCCUUCCACAUACGACCAUACCCACUGGAAUAUACGGGAUCCCGUCCGCUCUCCCCUAGUCAAACCAGUGAGGGCCGAACUAGUACUCAGGUGGGUGACCACUGGGGAAUCCUCGGUGUUGUAUGUUUUGCUUUUUUGUUGAUCUUUUGCUCCUCGCUCCCUUGA